AUGAUAAAAAUAUCAGUGUGUAUUUUAUUUCUAAGCUACAUCUCUGCCGAGAUUAAUUCUAAUAAAUUUAAAAUUUUGAUUACAGUGCGUGAGUCAAAAUCAUUUAUCAAUGAUAUCGAUGGUUUAUCUUCGAAUCACACACUUAUUUAUCUGCUUUAUACCUAUACUGAACCAUAUCAAUUGGUAAAACUAAAUACAUCAACAUUACAUCCACUAUCUAGUGCAAUAUUACCAUUUCAUUAUAAUGAUACAACAUUUCGACAAGAUUUUUUUCUUUUAACAUUUUCCGACGAUCAAAUAUUUGUAGGCUAUGUGCAAGAUGAAGGAAAACCAGCAGCUGCAACAUGGCUGCAAGCAAUUGAUUUGCGAUCGAUGACAAUCAAUGAGAAUUUGAAGCAAGAUUUUUCAUUCAAACAAUUUAGUGGUUUCCCAUUGUUUCAAGCAAUAUCAAAUCAACAAAAAAUUAUUGUUAAUCUCUGGCAAUGGUCUGUAUUUUUACCUGUCAAAAUGUUCUAA